UGCUCAGCGCUUCCUCUCUUGGCGUGAACCACAGCACCACCAUGACGUGUCCCUUGGAGAAGGCUCUGGAUGUGAUGGUGUCCACCUUUCACAAGUACUCGGGCAAGGAGGGUGACAAGUUCAAGCUCAACAAAUCAGAGCUAAAGGAGCUGCUGACCCGGGAGCUGCCCAGCUUCUUGGGGAAAAGGACUGAUGAAGCUGCAUUCCAGAAGCUGAUGAGCAACCUGGACAGCAAUAAGGACAAUGAGGUGGACUUCCAGGAGUACACUGUUUUCCUGUCCUGCAUCGCCAUGAUGUGCAAUGAGUUCUUUGAAGGCUGCCCGGAUAAGCAACCCCGGAAAAAAUGAAGGGUCCUCAGGGGCCUCCCUGGUAGUGCAAGGGUUAAGACACAGCACUAUGAAGCUAUCUGCAGCUACUGCAGCAUGAGUUUGAUCCCCAGCCAGGGAGGUGACCCACAUGGUGCAGCAGACCUCUCCUGUCUUGCCCGCUGAGACCUUUAACAGUGUGUUUCAGUAGAUCUGCCUGUUCUGCUCCCCACUCUGUCCCUGUUGAAUCCUCUCACCCCCCACACCUCUGGCCUGCACCCCAGUUCUUAUAUGCAUAAAUAAAUAAACCUUAUAAAAAAAUGAAGUCUCCUCAGAUGUGGGUGGGGGGCCUGCCAGCUGGUGUUUCCCCUGUUAGGGGUGGACACAGUGCCUCAUCCUGCCUCCUCCAGACAUGUACAUGAUGCUGAGGAAGUUCAAUAAAGAUUUU